AUGCUCCUGCGCAAGCUGGGCCCAUCGCGCGCACGGGUCCUGCGCUGCCUCAGCAGCUGUCCGAUUGCCAAGCAGCCGGAAGGUGUAGAGCAGGUGCUGGGGCUCGUUUGUGCUGGAGGCAUCCUUCAGCAUGGCAAGAUCACCGGGCCCUAUCGCCCUGGCGACAGGGUGGAGUACACGCUGGACCCAAGCACACUGCUGAAGCAUGACUGGCAGCAGCUUCCUACUCAUGUUGUUGUUGACAGCGCCCUGGAAGCGAGCCAACAAAUGCUCGGGUUUGCGGAGGACUCGGUGGAUCCUGCAGUCUUGGCCCAGACCUUGCACUACUCUGGGCACAGUCAGGUGGCUGUGCACGUUGCAGCGCUGCUCAACGCGACGUGGCACAACCACCCGUCCAGGCGGCUUGGGCCGCGGCCGAAAUGGCUUCCGGAUGACGAGGUUCCUGGGUGGGGGCUCUCCGACUUACUGCUCCACGCUGAGACGGUUGGACUGGAUAAGGUGCGCAAGGCGCUGAGUUUGCCCAGCUGGCUCCAAGCGUUCUGUUCGCUGUCGCCCGGCGGCCAGGAAGAGAAGGGGCGUUUGGAGGAUGGGGCUCACAAAGCCGCGGCCGUGCUCGACAUUUCGAAGAAUCCUCAGAUGCUUGCAAAUUGUACCAAGUUUCUGACAGCUCACUUCAACCAAGCCGGCCAACAGCAGUGGGGGCAUGGGUUAACUCAAGUUUCUCACAGCACCACAGCUGGCAGAUGGAAAUUCACCCUGCAAUCCCCAGGGAAGGAGCUGCAGAAAGAACUGCUGCAGAUAACCGCCACAGGCCUGACGCAUGGCAAGCGCAGCUUCUCUUUCGCGAUUCCAGAAUCCCAGCCUUCGCUACCGGCAAAGGACUUGUACACACUGCCUCCCAAGCUGCAGGAGGCAAUAAAGGACUGGGGUCGGAUGCCAGAGCCCAAGAGGAGGACCUUGUACCUCACAGGCUACGGCAAGUUUGACGUGGAUGCCACCCUCUGCAAGUGGCACGAAAGGAAGAUGGCAGACGGCAGCUGGUCUUUGCCCGGCCCUGCCGAGUUGAGUGCGGAGGGCUACUGCGCGAAGUGGCUUCCCAACAUCGAUGUCUUUGCGGCCGCUGCGUUCGUUGAAUGCCUGAAGCCGGCCUUUAGCAAGCAGGAAAUGUUCUUGGUGACUGAGCCUGGCCUCCGGGUCCGGGGGUUGCAAUCUUCCCAGCACGUCCUCAGCUAUGUCUACCGCUGGCGAAAGAAGUUCGAUAGCAGUUUGGCUGCGCGGCUGGACGAGCUUUUGGACAUUGAUUUUAGGGUUAAGGAAGAGCAGCUGCUUCCACCCGCAGCCCAACUUCGCCGUGUGGAGGCUAGGCGCGAGCUGGAGCAAGUCCCUUUCCAGAAAUUUGAGUGGCUGUGUCCUGGCGCAUCAGCGAAGGGCCCAAAAGAACUGCAAAAAGUCAUGAUCGAAGGCGUGGAAUAUCGGAUGCUAUUGCUAACUGACAGCCAUCAGCUGUGGCAGGCUGGCAAGACUUUAAAGAAUUGUGUUGGCAACAAGAGAUAUCGACAAAUGGCCAGCACAGGCGGGUCAAUGUUUGUUGUGCUGAGCUUAAGUCCUGAUGUAUCCGAAUGCAGAGCUGUGGGCCACUUUAGAAGCGGACAGUGGAGGGAGAUCAGGGAGGCGAACAACCAGCUCGCGCGCCCAUGCUUUCAGCAAGCGUUCGAAGAAAUCAAGCCAUCGCUGCGCAGAAUCCAUGACGAAAUUCUCGAGAGAUGGCAUCGUAUCUUGGACCAGCACGGUAUUUCAUUCGAGGAGUUCAGAGAUUUGCUUCCUGACGCGCGGGCACUUCUAACUUCGGAAGACUCGCUCUUUGCCCAAAAACUGCUCCAGAAGAGACCUGACUGGUUUCGCCCACAGAAUUAUCUAGGAUUCAAAUUCCAGGACUUCAAAGUAGAGCUCAAAGCACUUCUGGCGAUCGAUGGGACCUGGCCCCCCGUACCCCCAGGAUUACACGGUCGUGUCGUCGCGCGGGCCCAGCCAGGGCUCCCUCCCCCACCCAUUGCCUGA